ACAGAAUUAGUUGUAGUCAAGGUCAUUCCUAGUCAAAACAAAAUUUAAGUGACAUGCUUUUUAAGUUUAUGAUUAAUGAUAUAUCUCAGAUAUUAAUACAAAAAAAUUAUAACUAAUAUUGAUAAUUGCAAAAGUUAAUGUCCUUGGCUGUCAAAAUUAAGUUUCACAUCAGAUGCAGUAUUUUGCUGAACUCGAAAAAAUUUCGUCAGAAGACAAAAAAGCUAUAGUUCUCGCAUAUUAAGAAGUUCUCUACUAUUCUUUAUGAGUCAUGUCGCUUCCUGGAGAACAACCCACAACUGAAGCAGAGCAAAUUCAACAAUUUAGAGAAUUUCUUAUUUCCUACAACAAGCUCUCUGAAAGAUGUUUCCUAGACUGUAUUCAUGAUUUCACUGUAAGGCAUGUUAGAGAUAAAGAAGAUAAAUGUGCUCUCAACUGUAUGGAAAAAUAUAUGAAAAUGAACCAAAGAAUAUCUCAAAGAUUUCAAGAAUUUCAGAUUAUAUCUAAUGAAAAUGCAAUUGCUGCUGCUAAAAAGACUGGAAGUUUACCUCUUUAAUCAAAUGAUAAGAUAAUCAUUGUCAUACUUAAUAUUUACAUACCAUAUUUAGCUCUAAGUGUCACUAUAUUUGUUUCAUGUUAUGCUAUUCUGUUGUACAUAAACCUAAACAUUAAAGUUUAUGUUAGGAAUAUA